AUGAAUCCAAAUUUGUUCUCUAAAAACCUAGAAGUGCUACCCACUCAACCAGUCACCAUAAAGAACAGCGGCUUGUACUUCCUGAGUAGCGUUGUGGUUUUGAAUGACAAAACUGGCGGCGAGACCUUUCACAGUGGAGUUUGUAUUGAUUACGAAAUUGCUUUCAAUGGUAUCACGGCUUCAAAAGUAAGCGAGGGAAACACUGGAAACUUUGUCGUAAGUGCAUUUGGAGUGCUUUACCUAAGCAAAGGACAGAGGGUUCGUUUAUGCGUGUCAUCGGGAAAUAACGAUAAAUAUGAGAAAGAAAGCGGUUCUUGGUUUUCUUUGNAACUUCUGUUAUCGGUAAACGGGGAUACAUUGAACACCAACGGUCUGACAGCUACAAAAGGUGUCAUGGAUGGUUUGUCAGUUGUUCUCAGUCUAUCUGCAACUGCUUAUCUGGAGCAAUGGCAAACUUUGUCUCUGAUGAUUAGAAGCACUGGUGUGGGUGCGUUUGACGUAGUCAACGGAAGUACGUUUAGUUUAGUUCUGCUAGAGGAAGCAAAAUACUACAAAACGGUGGCCCCGAACAUCACUCACUUUGACAAUGGUCCUCGUAUUGUUCGUCAUCCACCUCCGUCCGUGAGCCUGGGCGAGGAUCUGGGAUUGAACGUUUCUUGGUCAUGUGAUGCGGUCGCUGAAGGAAACGUGGCGUACAGUUGGUUAAAGAACGAUCAGAACAUCACUUCCUCUCAGGAUCUGUCUCUCCAAAAUGUUCAAGUAUCCGACGCAGGUCGGUAUGUGUGUCUAGCGGAAUAUGACAGCAUCAAAGUCUUCUCGCAAGCCGCUGAGCUUGACGUAUUUGACACCAGUCCUCAGUUUAAGAACAAAGUGUUUACGGCCCUUGAAAACAGCAAUGCUUCAUUGGAACUUGCGUUGAGUGCUUUGGAUAAGCAACGUAGACCUGCUAACAUUUCUCUUGACAUUAUCAAAGGUGACACGAAUGACACGUUUGUACUUUCCCGUGCAGUAUCAAAGGACAACUUCACCUUGAGGAAUCGAAUCCCAUUAGAUUACGAGACAAUACGUUCGUAUCUUCUGACACUCGUUGCCAUCAAUCAGGAUACCAACAAAACAACAACAGAGAACAUAACAAUUAUCAUAUCUGAUGUCAAUGACAAUCCACCGAUAUUCACCAGCGGGAAUUGCCCAAACAUUCUGAGAGCUCUCAAUAUUGUUNUUGAUCCAGAAAAUGGCACUAUUGUACUCCUGAAGUCUUUGGAUUACGAAAUACAGAAGCUUUACGAGCUUCAUGUACAGGCUUCUGACGGAAACUUUAGUUCAGGCGUAAACGUUUCAAUUCAAGUUGUCGACUACAAUGAUUACAGCCCCGAAUUUCGUCAAGCAAGUUUUUCGUUUUCCGUCCCAGAAAAUGUUACUACUGGUCAUCUUGUAGGAAAUGUUAACGCCAGUGAUAAAGAUUCUUACGAUAAUGCCAACAUCCAUUAUUCAAUUUCAAGUGUUGGUAACUACGAUAAAUUUAUUAUAAACUCAUCAACUGGCGACAUCUUUACUGCUACCAAGCUUGAUGCGGAAACUGUUGAAAACUAUGUUAUUUUGGUAACGGCUAACGAUACUGGUAAUCCAUCCAGAAUAUCAACAGCUUUGGUAACCAUAACUGCUACUGAUGUCAAUGACAACACUCCAGAGUUUGUUCAACGGAAUUUUACAGUCAAUAUCUCGGAGGCGUCUGUCUUAGGAACAAAUAUAGUGUGUCUGUCUACGACGGAUCCAGAUUCCAUGCGACACUCAGAGAUUACUUAUUCAAUUGCAAAUGGCAAUGUGAAUGACACUUUUAAGGUCACUACUGAAGGCGUGGUCGUUUUGCAGAGACAACUCGAUAGGGAAACAGUUGAGCUUUACAACUUGACGAUUGUUGCAGGGAACAGUGGAGCCACUGUACCCCAAUCACAUGUUCCAGCCAUUGUUAUAAUCAAUAUUGUUGAUGCCAACGACAACAGUCCAGUGUUUCAAAAGUUGAACUAUUCGUUUACCGUCCCAGAAAAUGUCACCGAGAUGUACUUUGUAGGAAGCGUCACAGCUAGUGACAGAGAUUCUUACGACAAUGCCCACAUAUCUUAUUCAAUUCCAAGUCUCCGUGAUCACGAUAAAUUUUGGAUUAACACUUCAACCGGGGAAAUCUAUACAAAUGGCGUGCUCGAUUAUGAAACUGCUGAAAACUACGCGAUUUUGGUCGAGGCCCAUGAUAGUGGACAUCCACCAAGAAUGGCUGUUACUUUAGUCAACAUAGCCAUUACGGACGUCAAUGACAAUUCUCCUGAAUUUGUUGACAGAUAUCUUCAGGUGAACAUAUCUGAAGCCUCUACAGUAGGAACACAGAUCGUGUGUCUGUUCACCACUGAUCGAGAUUCCGUGCAACACGCACGCACCUCUUUCAACAUUUCCAAAGGCAACAUCAACAAUACUUUUGGAGUCACUGAUGAAGGUGUGGUCAUUUUACAGGGACACCUCGACUGGGAAACCAUUUCCAUGUACAAUUUAACCAUUGAUGCUGUGGACUCAGAUUCCAGUCAAUUGAAGUCAAGCAACUCAGCUGAGGUUAUUAUAUACGUCGAGGACAUCAAUGACAACCAUCCAGUUUUCACGAAAAGCUCAUAUUCAGCCGAGAUGUUAGAGAAUGUGCCCAUAGGACAUACAGUGAUCAGUGUAACAGCACAUGAUAAAGACAAAGGCUCCAAUGGACUGGUAACUUACUCUUUGGUCGAAAGUCCGUGGGAUACAGAUGAACUAGCAAGCAGAAUAUUCACUGUCAAUAAGAUAACUGGAGCCAUCUCAACCUUAAAGAAACUAAAACUGAACGCCCCCCAAGUAGAGUAUAAAUUUCAAGUCAAGGCAAGUGAUAAAGGGGUUCCGAGUUUGGAAUCGUUCACAAACGUCCUUGUAACGGUGGAGGAUACCAACGAUUCGCCUCCUAUAUUCACAGUUUGCCCAAAGAUCAAAAAAGUACCAUUAGAGCAAACCGAAGUAGAAAGCGAAAUCUUUCGUGUUUCGGCCACCGAUGCAGAUCAUGGAUCAAAUGCCAACGUCACUUAUUCUAUUGUUGACGAAGAAUUUCCUGAACAUUGUGCGUCAGAAAACGGUGUUUUUCGAAUAAGACACAAUGGAAGUAUCUACAACGUAAUGGAACUGCGGGCGGGUUGUAAUUAUACCAUUAACAUUAGUGCCACGGACGGAGUGGAAUUUGAUUUCUGCUCGGUUGAUGUGCAGGUAAUGGCUAAACCGGGUACAAAAGGCGGCCAAACAGGUAAGGCCAAGUUCAGACGUCGUGCUUCUGUCGUGCCGAGCUAAAUUGCAAUCAGGCUCGACUGUAGCACGGCAGGAAAACAACUCUGAUUCAGACGUCGUGACAGAGUCGAACCAAAUUCAGGAUAUACUGAU